GAAACAGAAGUACAGUACGCCUGCGCAUGCGAUGGCGCGCAAGUUUUGAGUUUUGUGGAUUUCAAACCGGUCGGUGAAUUGUUCCGUAUUGUGAAUACAAUGGGAUUUAUUUGGUAAUGUAGCAAUGUCGAAAACAUCUAACCCCUCGAGGUUAGAUAUGAAUGCGUCCUCUGAAAACGAUUCUUCAAUUUCUGGUCGUAGCGAUCGGAGUUUGCGAGUAUCAAAAAAUGCAAGAAAAAAGAGCGAGGCGGGGGAUCCGUUUGUGCUGGCGUUGAAUUACUUGUCCACAGUUGAAGAAGGCACCCCUUGGAAAGGGAACGAUGCGCUGGAGAGGCACAUGGCGGCGGUGGAGAGGGUGGCGCUUGGCCAGGGACUUCCCCCCGAGGCCAUCUCUGUCCUGCUGGACUUUGCGCUGAGUCUGCGCAUACGAGGUACGUUGUGUGUGCGCGUGCUGAAGAUCUUGAUCCCAGCGUCUGUGGUGCCUCAGGAUGCAGUUAUCCUAGGGGUGUCCUGGCUAUGCGUUGGAAAGAUGGCAGUGAGUGCACAGGCUAUGUUCCUUCGCUGGGUGCUCACGGUUUUUGACCUUAUUGAUGCCAAGGACCAGCUGCGGGCCAUCUAUGGCUUCAUCUUCAGCUUCCUGACUGAGCAGAGUCUGUGCCCUUAUGUGUGCCAUCUACUGUACCUGUUGACCCGGAAGGAAAGCGUUCGACCUUACAGAGUCAGAAGGUUGCUGGAGCUUCAAAAAAUGGGCCGACAGCCAUUCUUGAUGCAUCUGCUGGCCCUAUACAAAGUCUUCUCCCCAGAGUUGGUCACAUUGUCUUUUCCAUCAAAUAUGAAGGGCGGCUUCAAGAAUCACAACUCCACCUGGAAGGCGGCUUUAAGCACUGUACAGAGGAGGAACAACGUGCAAGUGACCUCUGACCUCCACUUAACGUUUGGACUGAAGCAGCGGCCUGUCUCUAAGAAAAGGAAACUCAACAGUCACCUGACCGUGCCGGCUGUGAGGUCCGUGCCCCUGCGGGUAUCCUCCAGUAAAAAGGCCCUUCCUCUGGAGCAGGUCUGGGCCUUCCCCCAGCUCCUGGAGAACCUCGAUCGCAUUGAGCUCCCGGCGCAGAUGGGCUCUAUGCUGGGGUCUUCACUGGCUCUCCACUACAUGGACUGUCUGAGGGACAACUCCGCCUUCCUCCGGCUCAACUUCUGGCUCGGUCACGCUCUUCAUGAGGAGUUUUUGUUCCGCAGAGAGGCCGGUUCUCAGAACAUGGAGGAGGCUACUCGUUUCCUAAACACGCUAAUCUCCACACAGCGCCUCCUACAGGAGGGUUUCUCCGGCACGGAGGUGUUCCUGUUCCGGUUCCUGCGGGUCUGGGAUGGCUCGCUGCUUCGUCCCCAGGUCCUGGCCUUGCUGAGUGACAUCCCCGUAGUGCCCAGCUCGCGUAUCGAUCUGCUCCUUUUCGAGCCUUUGAUGCAGCUUUUUUUCACCUCCUCUCUGUUUUUCAAGUGCAGUGUCAUUGAGUGUUUGAACAGCAUGCUGCUGAAGUGGCUGACCUGGCACUCUGUGUAUGCUUUGGAAGAUGGACUCGACAUCAGUGUCAGCAGCCAGACCCCGGUGAACAUGACUCUGUCUGGGCUGAUGGACUCGGUGGUGGAGCUGGUCCAGUUUGUGGGGCGGAUCGCGACCAUCGGGCUCCAGCUGGAGGGGUACCACACCCUGCUCCUCAGCUUCACCCUGGACUUCUACCAGACGGUGUGUGACAUGUACCUGAAGUAUGAUCUGCCCCUGGUGCUCAUGCCACCGACAGGAGUGUUCUAUCCUGCCCUGCUGGCCACUAGCCCUGUCUGCGUAGAUCAGCUCUGCCAGAUCAUGUACAGGUACAGAACAAAUCUGGUCUCUGCCAAGCGUCAAGAAAGGCAAACUGAGAAGCCCUUUCACAUCAGCAGAAAGACGUACCGCCAGUUCAACCAGUACGUGGUGUCCAUCGUGAGCUGCCUGUGGAACUCCAGGGCCUUUCAGCCUGACACGGGCGUCGAGCUGGGAGAAGACCUCCUGGCGGGGAGCAAGGUUCCCGAGCCCUGGAGCUCGUUUAGCCUCGUCCGCCAUCCCGCCUUUCUGAGCUACGCCGUCGACUUCCAUCAGAAGUGUUGGCCUGAGAGGAAGGAGCUGGAACUGAAUUCAAUAAAGGGCGGGAGGCGGUGGGAGUGGUACGCAGAGUUCCUGUUCUGCCAAGGCUUCCAGGGCGUCAAAGAGUUCGUCCAGAGCAGCUUCAGCCGCCGCUCGUCCGUCGAGGACGCCGAGCCCACCUCCAGCAGCUGAGCGGAGAGACGACGCGCUUCCUUUGUCGGAAAAAGAAUUGGAAAAAAAAUCUAUUUAUGUGUAUAUUCUUUAGCAGUGUUUAGACCAAGGUAGAUGUCUUAACAUUUUUACGAAUCUUUACUCUGUAAAUAGCCAGACCUUCGUAAGUGUACAUUUUCUGUCGCUCGACUUCGUGGCAUCGCUCGUCUCUGUGUUGUAUAUUGUCCUGUGCCCGCGCGGUAUUAUGAAUGUGGAACUGCAAAAUGAAUUAAAAUGGAGGAAGUGAGCGUC